AAUUGGAAGAUGGCUGGUACCUACCCUUUUCCAAGAACUAGUUAUGUCGGUUGAGUAAUUUUAUUUUCGGAAAAAAUUAAAAAAUAGAGAGAGGAAAUUGAUUGGUGGUGCAAGGCAUAAAGAGGAGAAUUGGUGGGGAUAGGCAAAGGAGGUGAGUAGUGAAUAGGGUUUUUGAUUGAUUGAGAAUUGAAAUUGAUGGAUCGCAGUGUGUCACGCUCACGCUCUCCUUCCCGCAGAAGAAGAUACUCUCCAUCCACCGUUUCUCAUCAUCGCCACUCCAGAACUUCCCACAGGCGCCGCCGAAGGCACAGAACCUCUUCCUCCCCCUCUCUUUCACGCAGCCCCACUCCCAAGCCCAAGAAAGAUCAAAAGAAAAGCAAGCGUCACCACGAGGAAGAGUUGAAACUAUUGGAAGAAGAGACUGCAAGAAGACUGGAAGAAGCAAUUCGAAAAAAUGUUGAGGAAAAGCUUAACACAGAGGAAGUCAAGUUAGAAAUAGAAAGGCGCGUAGCAGAGGGAGUGAAGAAACUGUUUGAUGAUGUUGAAGCUCAACUUGAAAAAGGAAAGGAAGAUGCUCUUACUGAAGCUAGAAGGAAAGAAGAACAAGCUCGUAAAGAAAGAGAAGAACUGGACCUGAUGCUUGAAGAGAAUAGGAGGAGAGUGGAAGAAUCUCAGAGAAAAGAAGCUCUAGAGCAGCAAAGAAAGGAAGAGGAACGACAAAGGGAAUUAGAGAUGAUUCAGAGACAGAAAGAAGAGGCUGCUCUGAGAAAGAAGCUGGAGGAUGAAGAAGAACAUGCGAAUCGAAUUAAUUCUUUGGGUAAGAACAAAUCUAGGCCCAAGUCUUAUGGUUUCUAAUUAUUCUAAUUACUAUGUGUUAUGUGAUAUCAUUUUGUACCCCAAAUUAUUUUGUACCCUUAUGUGGAACCAUUAUCUUCAAUGAAAGAUUUGAUAUUCCUAUGUUUGA